AUGGAUCAGAGACCAUUAUCACGAACUGACGCAAUCAGGUUGCAGGUUUUGGAGAGAAAAAUUCUGAAAAGGAUGUUUGGCUCUGUAAAAGUUUAUAACCAGUAUAGGCUAAGGCAUAAUGUACAGUUGUACGAAAUUUACUGGGAACCGGAUGUGUUGCAAUUUUUACAGCUCUCUAAGCUGAGAUGGACAGGACCCGCCCAUCCAGGCUGGACUCACCAAUCAAUCGGCUACUGUCCGGCUUAUGUUUCAUAUCAUGUGAACCAUCCUCAAUUUACAUCUCCAUCGCUAAUUCAAGUAUUCCUUGGUUUAGGAGGAUUUAUGCUUUCAGAAAUUGGUAACUUUAGUAUUCAUGUUGCGUUGAGAGAUCUUAGACCUCCAGGAAGCAAAGAAAGAAAGAUUCCUUAUCCUACUGAUAACCCAUUCACUAAACUCUUUAAUCUUGUUUCUUGCCCAAAUUACACCUAUGAAUUCUUUUCAUGGUUUUUCUUCACUGUGAUGACCCAGUGUUUACCUGCUGGAUUAUUUGCAGCUGCAGGCUUGUACCAAAUGUCCGUGUGGGCUAUUGGAAAACAUAAGAACUAUAGAAAAGAGUUUCCAGAUUAUCCGAAAAACAGAAAGGCAAUUCUGCCAUUUGUUUUGUAA